AUGAAAAUAUUGUUCGAUAGUGGGUCGCCCACUUCGUUCCUCCAUUCGGAUAUGGUGAAGAUACUAAACCUGAGGACAAACCAGACCCCACCAUUCCGAUUCAGAGGGUUCAUCCCUACCGAUUCAUCAACGACAACGCAAGCCGUAAGUCUAACCUUCCCAGUAGAAGACUUACAGAUCACAGUAGCGGCGUAUGUCCUGGAGAGUAUGGACUACCGAAUGCUAAUUGGCAAUCCUAUCCUCCACCGCUACCCGAAACUUUUGUCAAUAAUAUUAACAUCGACUCCGAAUCGCACUUUGUUGCAUCACCGUUUGAAGUAA